UUGUACAUGUUACUUACCUGUCUAUUCUAUGUAACCGAGGGAGCACUUUAUCAAGAGAAAUUUGAAUCUUUUAUCAAGACUUCCGUGUACAGUUAUUAUGAAAAAAGGAUCCGUCCCAUUACUGACCAAUCAAAAGCUCUGGACGUAAAGUUAUCCUACAGCGCAGUGGCCAUCAAUGGACUGGACGCUGCAGGCGGAACUCUGGAAAUUGUUGGGAUACUGACUGCAACAUGGUAUAAUGAUCUUCUGAUAUUCAAUACAUCUACUGACUGGAAUGGUCUUGGGGGACUUUUGUUUCCCCAGAACACGUUUUGGCGACCAUCAUUAGUUUUGGACAAUUCUGCAACUUCGUUGACCGAGGUUGGUGACAGUUCGUAUCGUAUUAGAAUCGAUGGAGAUGGGAAGCAUGAAUGGAUAAUUGGAUUAGUUGCAUCAUCGGCUUGUUCUGUUGACGUCACUAACUUUCCUUUUGAUAGUCAUUCGUGUGAACUUAUUUUCACACCAUGGGGAACAACAAGCUCAGAGGUAACUUUAUCACCUAUGUCAACAACAGUCGACCAAACACAUUAUUCAGAGAGCACAGAAUGGACAUUUUUGUCAUCAUCACUGACAUCGAGCACGAAAAACAAUGCCUCGUACCUCACAAUCACUAUAAACCUUAAAAGAAGCCCCGGUUAUUUUUUCGUCAACCUGGUUAUGCCAAUUGUUGUAGUUGCGCUGCUGAACAUUUUAGUUUUCUUGCUGCCAUCCGAGUGCGGUGAGAGAGUGGGUUAUUCUGUAACCAUUUUCCUUACGUUUGCAGUUUACCUUGAUAUCAUAACAGCUACACUUCCAAAAUCCACUGACUCCACUGCCAAGCUCUCUAAUUAUCUUAUCUCCAUGGUGGUUUUGGGAGCUGUGACAACCCUGAUGAUCAUAAUGUCUUUGUACGUUUACCACAAGGACGAAGAGGCACCGAUUCCUCAGUGGCUUGUCAAACUCUCCACCUGCAUGCAUUGUAAAUGUGGAAAAGGAGAACGCAAAGCAGGAUCUGUAGCUCCAUCGCGCACACCAAGUCCAAAGGACAACAUUAAAAAACCUAUUGGUCCAACAAACACAAAAGUUGGAAUUGGGUCGCGACAGAACACACUAUUUGACAUGGAACUGCAAGAGAUGGACGUCAAAAAUGAGAAGAUUCCUAUAGCUUUUCCUGAAAACACCCCGAUUAAUAACUUUUCGAUUGAAAGCGUUUCCGAAGAUGAUGACGACGAGGAAGAUGACGUCAUUGACUGGCAUUAUGUUGCAGCGUCCCUUGACUAUCUCUUCUGUUUUAUAACAUUCUGGAUAACCCUUGGAUUGUCUUGCUUCUUUUUACUUCCUCUGGCGUUUGUGUAA